ACCCGAGGUGGAGAGGAGACACGUAAAAAGGUCUGUGUUGUAGCCACCACUUUGCUGUUUCCUUGAAAAAGAAAAUGUGGGCGACUCGUAGCACUCGGAAAAGCGAGAGAAAGAGAGGAGAUAUCACUUUGUAUCCGCUGUAAAGCCGGGUCUCAAGGCUACAUGGUGUGUGUUUCCUGCUCAGAGUGUGGAUGUGUGGGUGUCAAGAGAUGGAGAGCUACGAUGAGUUCUGUCUGCGGAGUCUGGCUGUACUGCAAGAGGAGGGUAAAUUGAGGAAGAGGACAUGUGAGCCACUGUGUUCCCUGAAGGCUCGCUCUGUCAUCCGCUUCCAUGGAAGAGCGGUGCUUUCACCUCUGUUGAGUGCAGAGCAGCGCAAUGAGAUGUGUGACUACAGACGGAGGGCGGUCCAGCUGGAGUUGGACAUGCAGAGCAAGCAGAGGAACAAGAUUUUUGCACGCGUUCAGGACAUACUGGACCAAGCUCAGGCACACAAAGUACCAAGUGAAGAGGCUGACAAGUUGCCAGAUUCUAAAUCUGCAACAGUUGGUGGCUACACCCUGAUCACUGACUCACCUGGACUUGCCAGGGACUCCGGACUUGGGCUUCAAACAAGUGAUCAGACUGCCUCUGCAUGCCCUGACACCGCCAUCCUCAAUGGCUACAAAGCAGCGGAGGAAGUGAAGGUAGAGAGGGAAGAGAAGAGUGAGGAGGAAGAGGAGGAGGAGGAGGAGGAGGAGGAUAUUAGUUUGGACAGCCUUCUCAAGCGAUCAAGGGAGUAUGUGAAGAGAGAGCAGAGUCAGCACGGGUCAAAAGUUGUUCACACAGUCACUCGGACGCCCCCGCCUGAGAUGGUCUCUGAGCAGGAGAAUAAGACCAGUAGUCCAAUGGGGGACACUGGUGUUGAGUUUGGAUUCAGUCUGCACCAUAGCCCCAAUGGCCCACCUCAGACCCAGAUCCAGCAUCAAACUCUGUAUGAUCCCAAUCCCCAACAGUCUGCCAGCCUCUCACCUAGUCUAACUGAUCGGUAUGUUCAUCUCCCCAGUCCAGAGUCCAGCAUUAGUCCCUGUGCACACAGACGCAGACCACGCCCAGUUUCUACAGGGAACAUCCAUAUCUCAUUCCCCAUUGGGCCAGCAGAUCUUAUUCCCCGAAGCCCAGUAAGGUCAGGGGAAGGUGCUGGCAUCGCGGACUGGGGAGAAGCACUCUCAGGGGCCACAAGAUCUUCUGAUCACUGGGGCUCAGUGGGGAGUGAAGGUGGGGGUGGUGUUAGCAGGAGUGGCAAUCGUCGAUCCAGUCAUUGUGGUACCAGUCCAGGGCGGGAGAUCUGUAGCCCCAUCAGCACCUCAGGGCCCAGCCCGAUGGGACACCAUGACAUUUUGGCUUCAGGAUUUCGCCGGCGCUGCCACACCUUGGACAGUCAGUUGCAUACCUAUCACUCUGGAUUUGAGCACAUAGACCGCAGCCAGGAGAGGGUCCCUCGCUUCAUGGCAGGAGUUACAUGGUUGGCCCCAAGUCGGCGGAACCCUGCAGCCCCCUUGAACCAGUCAUAUGAGAUAGAGAAUCCUUCACCAUCUCUGCUGAGGCCCCGCGUGACUCCUGACUUGGCUCAGGUCAAACUCAGGAUGGAGCCUGAAGAUCCUCAAGUGCCACAUAAUGGCAGGAUCACGCCAACUGUCCUCAGAAAUGCAGCUGAGGCACAAGGCAGCAAGACAGAGGAGACCCAGAGGCGAGCACAGGCUCUGGAGGACAUGCAAAGGCGUCUGGAGGAGGAGCAUGCCUUGCAGAUGUCUCUGCUCCUGGCUGAGCAGGAGAAAGAGCAACAGCGCCUCCGUCUGGAGCUCGAGGAGACAGAAAGAAGGCUGAAGGAGCAGGAGUGUGUGAGGCCUCUGACUGGGGAUGCUUGUAGGUGGAACCGUAGGUCUGUGAGUGACAGCUGUCCUGCUGUGAGCCCCUCCUGCCUGGGACUAAGCCCUGCCCAAACACCAGCCGAAAGAUCACCUGGGCACAGUAUAGGUUUUCCCAGUCCUGUCAGUUCCAGCGUGUCCUCUCCCUCUGUCCAUCCUCCUGUCUAUGUGUGGGGGCCCACUUGGGUAGCUAACAAACCUCGGGCAAGGCUAAGUCUGGUUCUGACAGCAGAACAGCAGAGAGCGUUAUGUCGAAUUGGCGCCAUCACUCGUGGCUUCCUCACACGGAGACUGCUCAAAAUAGACAAAGUCAAACACCUGCGUCAGACCAUCGUGGAUACACAAGAGUUCAUCCGUUCAUUCCAGACUGAAGCUCCACAAAAGAGAGGCAGCUUUUCACCACAAGAUCUCUCCCUGCAGGAGAGAGUUAGAGCCCAGUUACGUGCGGCCCUUUAUGACAUCCAUGAAAUCUUCUUUGAAAUGCCUCUGGAGGAUCGAUUAGCAUUGCUGCAGCAGGACAGAGAGCUCCGUGCAGAGAGGAAGUUACGCGACAUGGAGAAAGCCAAGUGUCCCAAGGAGAGAGGGGUUCUAUCUGCUGCCACACAGAGGUCUCUGGACCGGAAAAAGAGGGUUGGUGAAUCCCCAGCGCAGGCUAGGAAGAUGCAGCAGAAGCCAAAAAGCCCCACGACCAACAGAAUCCUGAGGCCAAGCCAAGGCCAAAAUUCUCCUGUCUCAGGUCAGCUGAACCGCCAGGGGAGCUGGUACAGAAAAACCCCAGAGGAGAGAGUGAGGCGUUCAGAAAACCUGAAGAAGCAGCACUCUCUGGGUUAAAAGGAAUCAAGACAUUGAUGCUGCCUGAAUCUCCAAGACGUAGGAAAGUCUCCUUGUCAAUGCCUUCAUCUGGAAUAAAAAACAUUCACAUUAAUCUUAAUAAUACAACAUUGAUUCUAGUUUUCAUGAAGAAUAAUCUAUUCAAACAUGUGGACUUAUUUCUUCCUGUGACUGAGAUAGGUGGAAAUACUUUGACACCACUUUCUGAGGUCUCCUGACUACACGUUUUAUUGUUACUACUGUACAUUGUGAGGCAUCACAGGUCAUGGGGACAUCCUGAUUGAAUGAAUAUGUACAUGCAAAUUUCUUUGCAUGAAGAUGAGAUCAGUGGCUGAACACUAGAGGAGCUCUGUUACCGCUUGUGGUCAUGGUUACAAUGUAACCAUCAGUAAUUCACAUGUGCUUGGGUUGGACUGAUUUUACACCCCAGAUCAACUGUACACUCACUAGUCAGUUCUUAGUCCACCUCAAGGUUUUACCCUUUUGCUUUUUAUAAGUUCUGACUUUUUUCACUUUGGGUCUCUGAGAAGUUAGUGUGUGGCUUUCAAAUAUUCAUAACAGUUACGUAUACAAAAAUCAAGGGUAUGUCAUCAUUUUGCUGAAACUUUAGACAUUAAUUACAAACAUAAUUGUUCCCACCAUGGCAGAGUAUUAAUACAAUACCUUCAAAUCUCUCUAUGAAGUCACUGAAGCCCCAUUCAGUUAAUUUGUCCCGGACAAAAUUGGGCGUCUCCAUGAAAUCCCACUGUAAAAUGAUAAAAAAAUGAUUACUGAUUGGUUAAUAUUACGAUUGCUAUUGAACAAUGACAAUCUCACAAUUCAAGUCUAAGGUGUGACAGGUAGACAGAGUGCACAAACAACAUUUUACGCUACACAGAGAAAGGACACAUAGCUUAAAUUGCUUUUAACCUCUUAACCCUAAUGACCUGCUGCUGGGCUAGUCAUUAUAAACUCAUGAUGUACAGCAAAUAUUCUUCAAACCAACAGAGCUUUCUCAGUACUGGCCAAAGAACUAUGACUUACUGUACCUCUCUCCUGACACACAUUUUUUUCAUUCUAUUGAUGCUUUUGAGUGUCAUCUUAAAACACACUACUACUCUUUUGAAGCCUUUAGAUGGCUCUUGUCUCUCUGUAGGAGUUUGUUGUAUCUAUGUCUUGAAGUUUCCGAAAGGUACCAAAUAUGUCAGGCUGAAUUUUGGGGAAAUGUUUAUAAGAUAAUGCAAGACAUCUAAUAAAAUGUUUUCAUUUGAUGGAAUAGUGCAGUCAUAAAAGACUCUUACCAGAUAUUUUUGAUAGAAAAAUCUGUACCUUGCA